AUGAACUGCCAGAAAUGCCGUACGCCGUUGAAGCUGGAUGGCUCUCUCGAGUCGCUUAAUCCAGCUGCGUUCGACCUACUUAUCGGUAAAACCCUACCGGAUCAUUCGGCUGGCUCGCCUCGCCACUCCUACCCUCAAGAGCGCCGAGAGCUCUACGAUCGAGUUUCCAAAAAUGCACCCCCGCCGGUAUAUCGGAGGUCGAUCCCCGCACCGCGACAGGUCGGAGGCAAUUUGACCACGCCUCCAAGGCUAGGACGAGGAGAUAGUGGCAAUAUGUCGUUUGUUAUGCUUACAGAUUCCCAACUCAGCCCACCACAUACUGUUUCUGGUGUGAACGGGGAUAGCGCGUCAAAACGCGCAUCCAACAUACAGAACGACGACCCUGGUGCCGAUAAUGGGACCUUUGCAGACCAGAUCGAGCGCACAAACCGUCUUUUUGAAAUUAUUUCGUCUCGUUCUGAUAUUGACCAUCCGAUUUGUACUGAAUGCACGGAGAUGUUAGUGGAAGGCCUCCAACAACGACUUGUGGAGACUACGAAAGAACGGGACGCAUACAUCACAUUUCUAAGAAAUUUGAACUCGUCUGUGCCUACCCAGGAGGAGAUUGAUGCAGCUGAGAAAUCCCUCAAGGAGACACUGGAGGCCGAGGAGGUGGCGUUUGCGGAACUCGUUGCCUUGGAGGAAGAGCAGGCCGCCUUAGAUGAGGAGAUUGCCCAGCUGGAAGAAGAAUCACGCGAAUUAGAUUCCGAAGAGGAAAAGUUCUGGCGCGAUCGAAAUGCGUUUUCCUUAGUCCUUGCUGAUUUCCAGAAUGAGCGGGAUGCGUUGAAUAUGAAAUAUGACCACGAUUCUCGGCAGCUUGAAAGACUACAGCGAACCAACGUUUACAAUGACGCUUUCUGCAUUGGCCAUGACGGUUAUUUUGGGACAAUCAACAGCCUUCGUCUCGGCCGGCUGACAAACCCAUCUGUUGAAUGGCCGGAAAUCAAUGCUGCUUGGGGUCAGACAGCUCUACUGCUGGCUACUAUAGCGGAGAAACUAAACUUCCAAUUUGAAGGGUACCGGCUGAAGCCGAUGGGGUCGAUGUCCCGAAUCGAUAAGAUCGAGUAUCCGCGACUGUCACCGGCACAAUCAACAGUCGAUGGUGACAAUGCAAACUCAUCAGCAGCACCAAAAAUCACCACCUUGGACUUGUUCUCCUCAGGCGACCUGCCGCUUCAUAUCCCCUGGCUUCACCGCCGAUUUGAUGCAGGUAUGGUGGCCUUUCUGGAUUGUCUACGCCAGCUUGGGGAAUUUGUGGAAAAUACACCAACACCCGUACGCUCCAAUCGCCGAGAUCAGGCGGGGCCCGUCGUACCAGGACUGAAAUUGCCAUAUACCAUCAAACGGGACAAAAUUGGGGACGCCAGUAUUAAGCUGGGAUUCAACCAGAACGAUGAAACUUGGACGCGUGCCUGCAAGUAUACCUUAACGUGCUGCAAAUUCCUGUUGGCACAUGCUAGCAACAUUGCUAGCGCAGGCUCGACUAACUCAGCCGCUGUCGCAGCUGCAGCUGUUGCUGCGGGGGAGCACGCUCGACUUGCAACAGCCAGUCCAACCAAGAAAUAG